UUGAACUCAAUAAACACGACACAUUUUCUGUUCUAUGUGAAUGAAUGAACUCUGAACAUAAGUAUGUAUUGCCAUGGAGAGAUAAUCAGAGCUCAAUCCAGUAACAAGAUCCCUAGUUGAAUACUCAGGAGGUGUCACUUGGCAACAAGUGCUGUAACGCCUGGUGAAGGACAAGAAACAGUCACGCACUUCCACAGACAACUGAAAGUGUGUGGUUUGUCAAGCUAGACACCAGAAUUUGCUUCAUGUUGUGGCCGUCAUUCAUCCAAGUGAAAGGGGGAUCGGAAAGCAGUGAGAAAUGCUGCCUAAUUUUGACAAUAAGAUUCAACCACAGCAACUGUUUGAGCAGCUGCAGAAGAACACAAUUCAAAUCAAACAGGUGGUUUCUUGUAUUAAAAAGCGCAGCACCUUUGCCUCAUGGAUGACAGAGAACAUCCAGAAGAAGGAGUGCUGCUUCUUUGAAAAAGAUGACAAAGAAAAUGACAGUGUUGAUACUUGUAAGUGUGGCUACCCAAAGAACGAGCAUGUGCCUGAAGCCAUCAAGUCAGAGGACUUUGCAGGUGAGACAUGGGACAAACACAGACACAUCCACGAAGUUCCCACUGAUGCUUUUGGAGACAUCAGCUUUGGUGGUCUGGGACUAAAGACCGGCAAGUACUGCCGAGUGUCAACAGACACCAGCCCUGAAAUCCUGUACAAGUUAUUGACGGAACAGUGGAAACUUUCCCCUCCCAAUCUGCUGAUCUCGGUGACAGGAGGAGCCAAGAACUUCAGUCUGAAGGCUCGUCUCAAAAACACGUUCAACAGAGGUCUCAUGAAAGUGGCCCAGACGACAGGUGCAUGGAUCAUCACGGGUGGUACAAAUGCUGGUGUGAUGAAGCAUGUGGGGCAGGCUGUGAGAGACUAUGCCCUGAGCAGCUCCAUGCAGGGCCAGAUCGUGGCUAUCGGAGUAGCAACAUGGGGAGUAAUUCACAACAGGGAUGCUCUGGUGUAUUCAGAGGGCUGUUUCCCCGCCCAUUAUUCGAUGGACACUAAGGACCAAGGCCAAUUCUCCUGCCUAGAUAACAACCACACCCACUUCCUGCUAGUGGACAAUGGGACACAGGGACGCUAUGGUGUGGAGAUUGAAUUGCGGACCCGUCUGGAGAAAUGUGUCUCCAGAAAGCAUCUUGGAAACAAAGGCAGUGGUCUGACUAUCCCUGUGGUGUGUGUGGUUUUGGAUGGAGGACCAGGCACUCUAAAUACCAUCUACAACGCCAUCCUGAAUGGUACGCCAUGUGUGGUCUUGGAGGGCUCUGGGAGAAUAGCAGAUGUGAUUGCCCAGGUGGCAGGACUGCCAGUGAGCCAGGUCACUAUCAAGCUCAUCCACCAGUUAAUGAAAAAGUUCUUUGGCCAGGAGUAUGAAACUUUCCAAGAUGACACGAUCAUAAAAUGGACCAAGACGAUUCAGGACAUCAUCAGGAUGUCUCACUUGCUGACAAUAUUCAGAGUAGGCCCGGACAAUCAAGGGGAUGUGGAUGUGGCUAUUCUUCAAGCACUACUCAAAGCUUCGAGGACCAGCGAGUCACUGGGAAUUGAGCGGCAGCUGCAGCUGGCUAUAGCCUGGAACCGAGCAGACAUAGCCGAGACCGAGAUCUUCACCGAGGAGAGCCAGUGGAAGGCGACUGAUCUCCACAAGGCCAUGUUCUCAGCUCUGGUUGGCAACAAGCCUGAGUUUGUGAGUCUGCUGCUGGAGAACGGUGUGAGUCUGAGGGACUUCCUGCAGAAUGAAGACACUCUGUGCGACCUCUACAAACAGCUGCCAAACUGCUUCUUUCUCCACAAGCUGGCCAGGCAGGUCAACAAAAGCAACAGCUUUGACCGCAGGAGGAGGCUAGCCUUCAGCAUCAGGGCUCAAGCUCAUGCGGGCGAAGGUUUUUCCCUGACUCAUGUGUCUUAUGUGGUGCGCCACCUGCUGGGCAGUUUCACCCAGCCCCUCUACCCUCCCAAGCAGAGAGACUCCAACAUAUCCAUGGAGGACAUAUCUGCAUCAUUGUCUAUGAGUCAGGUAAAUUCCCAGGCUCCACUCACGACGGACACUGAUGAACCAAAGAGGGACGUAUGCAGAGACCUUUUCCUUUGGGCUAUCGUCCAAAACAAUAAGGAGAUGGCUGAAAUCGCCUGGGAGCAGUGUAAAGACUGCAUGUCUGCUGCCCUGGCUGCCACUAAGAUCCUGAAGAAAAUGGCACAGGAAGGCAGUGAUGCAGAUGAGGCAGAGGAAAUGUUAAAACUUGCCGAUCACUAUGAGAAACACGCCAUUGGUGUGUUCAGUGAGUGCCACAACAGUGAUGAAGAGCGCACUAAGAAGUUGUUGGUUCGUGUGUCACCGGUUUGGGGAAGUACGACGUGCUUGAGGCUGGCACUGGAGGCUGACGAUAAAACCUUUAUCGCUCUGACAGGUGUUCAGGCUCUUCUGACGCAGAUCUGGUGUGGUGAGCUUUCCGUGUACAACUCUGUGUGGAGAGUACUGGCCUGCAUGGUUUUCUUCCCACUUAUCUACACUGGCUUUCUGGUUUUCAGACGUGAUGAAGUCAUCCAGAGAGAAACUGAGAAGCACGAGGAGAUCAAGACGAUGGAGAAAGUGACAGGAAGCACAAUUUAUACAAAUUCUGUUGGCCACAGCUCGAGCCACCUGAAGCCUUUGAAUGGCUGGUCCAAACUGUUUUACCUGUACAGCUCUCCACAAGUCAAGUUCUACUGGAACAUCGUGUCUUACUUCGCCUUCCUCUUCCUGUUUGCGGUGGUGCUUAUGAUCGACUUCCAGGACGUGCCCUCUGGUUCCGAGGUGCUGCUUUACAUCUGGUUGGCCUCUCUGGUGUGUGAGGAGAUCAGACAGCUGUUUCAUGACCCCGAUGGCUUUGGGUUUAAAAAAAAAGCCCAGAUGUACAUCAACGACCUGUGGAAUAUUUUAGACGUUCUGUCUAUCGGCAUCUUUAUUGUUGGCCUUGUGUUUAGGCUGACGACUGUGCUGUUUUAUGCCGGUAAAAUCCUCCUCUGCAUCGAUUUCGUGGUCUUCUGCCUCCGCCUCAUGGCCAUCUUCACUAUCAGUAGGACCCUGGGACCCAAAAUUAUCAUAGUCAAGAGGAUGAUGAUGGACUUGUUCUUCUUCAUGUUCCUGCUGAGUAUCUGGGUGGUGGCGUACGGUGUGGCCAAACAAGGCAUCCUCAUCCACAACGACAAUCGACUGGACUGGAUCGUCCGUGGGGCAGUUUACGAGCCAUACCUCGUCAUAUUUGGGAAUUUUCCUACAAAUAUUGAUUAUACGGAUUUUAACAUUGAUUCCUGCAGCGUGAACGGCACCGAUCCUCUAAAGCCAAAGUGUCCUGUGCUGAAUGAAAGCCAAACGCCGGCCUUCCCUCAGUGGCUCACCAUCAUCAUGCUUUGUAUUUACCUGCUCUUUGCCAACAUACUGCUGCUCAACCUGCUCAUAGCUAUCUUCAACUUUACGUUUCAGGAGGUUCAGGACAACACGGACAGAAUAUGGAAGUUUCAAAGAUAUGAGCUGAUUAAAGAGUACCACAGCCGACCAACCGCCCCUCCUCCUUUCAUCAUCCUCAGCCAUUUCUACCUCUUUGUCAAGAAAAUGGUGCUGUGCAGGCCCUCUGUCGCAUCCAAAAAGUUUAAGAUCAAGCUUCCUGUGAAUGAGGAAGAGGAGCUGUUGUCCUGGGAGGCCUUGAUGAAGGACAGAUACCUACUGUCCACACAGCAGGAGCAGAGCCAGAGCAUGGAGCGACGCAUCAUGGACACGGCCAACAAGGUUACCACCAUAAACGAUCGUCUGGAGAGGGAAGAGGAGACGAGCUCUGAUCCCGUGGUGAAAAGACUGGCUCGACUAGAGGAGCAGGUUGCCCAGUCAGCCAAAGCCCUGCAGUGGAUUAUGGACAGUCUGAAAUCUCAGGGUUUUGCAGCAAAAGAAGCGCAAUCACUGACGUCGUCUACAACAGAUGAAUCUCCUGACACAUACGCCAGUACAUCAGAGAAGGAGGACGGGUUUCACGUGAAGGCCCGUCAGUUUCACUACCCAGGCAGCAAACUCACACGUUUCCCUGUGCCCGAGGAGAAGGUGCCAUGGGAGACCAGCUUCAGCUCAUACAAGCCAACUUAUUAUCCCUCUGAAGACCAAGUGGAUGGAUCAGAAUCAGAAGACUUAGAUAAAUACAGAAACCCAAAAGGGAGGACAGGCAUCAGGGGACGAGGAGCGCUAAGACAACUUGGUCCAAACAUGAGCGUAGACCUUGUGAUUACACGCUGGCGAGACGGCAAACCACCUGUUUUGGAGUACCUGGAGGUGUCUGGCGAGAGCCAAGGAGCCUUUAGUCUACCUGGGGGAUUCCUCGAAGCUACUGACCACUUGCCAAAGGAUCUAGAGAGAACUAUGGGAAGGACGCUGUAUAAAAAACUAAAUGAGAAACUAUCAGAUGGAGAAAAGGCGUUUCAGGGUUACGUGGAUGACGCCAGGAACACAGAUAACGCCUGGGUGGAAACCACCGCCUUAAACAUUCACCUGGACAGAGGGAGCCAGAUAAUGGAAGAUAUUGAAAAAAAGUUGAUGAAAAACCAGGGUCAUCUUCGGUGGCAGGAGGUGAGCAGCAAAACCAGACUCAACUCAAACCAAAGAGAUAUUCUGCGACGGGUCGCUAUAGGGCACAACAGGAAGUUCUGAUGUUCACGCUGCUGUAGCUGUAAAUGUGCCUCUCCGCGGGUUUUCUUCUGCCUCUACGUGUGGCCUUUUGUCACGGCUGACGUAGAUGAAAUCACUGAAAGCACUCGUGGAAAAAGAAACCAUGAAGCCAUAAUGUUAUGCUGCUGUGGAUUAUUUUUUCCUGCUGUUUUGCACAAAUGUCACAAACUGAAUGUUUAGCCAAUAAACUGUGCCGUGUGUCAGCGUUCAUACACGUUCAAUAAGGGUAAAUACUUCAGUGGUGCAAGGUGUCUAAGUACACACUCAGAUAUGGUAAGAUUUGCCAGUAUUUGCAUUUUGUUCUGCUUCAUACUAUUGUAGUUUUUAAUCCACUAUAUGUAUUUGAUAACUAUAGUAGUUACUUUGCAGAUUAUAACCAACAAAUUAAUUAAUUAAUUAUUUUCACCAUACUGCAUAAUGAAUCAUUUUCUUUUUGGUACUUUAAGUUAAGUUUGAUGCGAAUACUUUUGUACUGUUUUUUUUUUUUUUAAGUGAACUUUUGAAACAUGUAGCAGAGUAUUUCUUCACUGUGAUACUGCUACUGAAAUGUGAAUACUUCUUCCACCUCUACUGCAUAUUGUCUCAGUGACUGCACACUUUACUGCAUUUAUCCGACAGUACAGUUCAGUUAUUUUCUCAUUAAAAACAUACAAAUCAUCUUACUGUAUAUAGAAUGAUGCACUAUUACUGAUUAAACUAAGCACCUCUAUAGUUCUCAAGUAGCUCGACUAACACACGUUAAAAUGUGAUACAUCAUUAUAAACAGCCCAGUAAUAUAGCCUACAGUAUAUGAUAUUAUAAACCUGUCAAAGGUACCAUGCUGCAUAAUGAGGGCUUUUAUUUUUGCUGCUAAUAGCUGCAAAUGUACUUGUAAUAAGGGUAUUUUUUACUUUGUGCUGUAACGCCUCCUCGGAGUAAUUAUUCCACCACUAAAAUGCUUUACCUGCUCCUCUAUUUGUGUAUAUGUCUUAAUGUCAUAUGUGACUGUAAUGAAGCACUCUUGGCCUUAAUAAUUAUUUAAAAAAGAAAGGAAGAAGUAACAAACUUUUCUCACUGUUUUUCUGUUUUGUUUUAAUAUGAAAGUCUGUUUUUAUUAUGAGGUUUUUCUCAGUACAGGGAACUUGUUGCAUGCUCCUUUUUUUGUUAUCUGUGUUUUUGUCCUCUUGCCAAGCAUGCAGCCUUGCGGUAGUUUCGGAGCAGCCUCUGAGUGCGCUCAUUGGCUCAAACAAAGGU